AUAACGGGGAAGACUGGCUAAGGAACAUUAUUUCAUCUUUCAGUAUUAGUGCAACAUAGAAACGGAAAUAUUAGACAAAAGAUUAUAACGAGUCAAGAUGAUCCACAGCCUAUUCCUGGUGAACUCUUCGGGGGACAUCUUCCUGGAGAAGCACUGGAAGAGUGUUGUGAGCCGUUCCGUGUGCGAUUACUUCUUCGAGGCUCAAGAACGCGCAUCUGAGCCUGAGAACGUCCCACCUGUCAUCCCGACCCCUCACCACUACCUCAUCAAUGUGUUCAGACACAAGAUAUUCUUUGUAGCUGUCAUUCAGACAGAGGUGCCUCCGCUUUUUGUCAUUGAGUUCCUUCACCGAGUGGUGGACACGUUCCAGGACUAUUUCGGAGUUUGUAGUGAAGCUGCCAUUAAGGACAAUGUAGUUGUUGUGUACGAGCUCUUAGAGGAGAUGCUUGACAACGGCUUCCCUCUGGCCACUGAGUCCAACAUCCUCAAAGAACUGAUAAAGCCACCCACCAUCCUCCGCACAGUGGUCAACACUAUCACAGGAAGUACUAAUGUAGGGGAGCAGCUUCCCACCGGCCAGCUCUCUGUUGUACCGUGGAGACGCACAGGUGUGAAAUACACCAACAACGAGGCCUAUUUUGACGUGGUGGAAGAGAUUGAUGCUAUCAUUGACAAGUCAGGUUCCACUAUAACUGCGGAGAUCCAAGGAGUGAUUGAUGCCUGUGUGAAGCUGACAGGCAUGCCUGAUCUCACUCUCUCGUUUAUGAACCCCCGACUGCUGGAUGACGUCAGUUUCCAUCCAUGUGUGAGGUUCAAGCGCUGGGAGGCUGAGCGAAUUCUGUCUUUCAUUCCUCCAGAUGGAAACUUCCGGCUGCUGUCGUACCACGUCAGCUCGCAGAACCUGGUGGCGAUCCCUGUGUAUGUGAAGCACAACAUCACCUUCAGGGAGGGCAGCUCCCAGGGCCGCUUUGAGCUGACGCUGGGCCCCAAGCAGACCAUGGGCAAGGCCGUGGAAUCGGUGCUGGUCAGCAGUCAGAUGCCACGGGGAGUCCUAAACGUCAACCUCACCCCCUCACAGGGCACCUACACUUUCGACCCAGUCACCAAGCUCUUAUCGUGGGAUGUUGGUAAGAUCAACCCCCAGAAGCUCCCCAGCCUCAAGGGAUCGAUGAGCCUGCAAACUGGUGCCUCCAAACCAGAUGAGAAUCCCACCUUCAACAUCCAGUUCAAGAUCCAACAGCUUGCCAUAUCAGGACUGAAGGUGAAUCGAUUGGACAUGUAUGGAGAAAAGUACAAACCCUUCAAAGGCAUUAAGUAUAUGACCAAAGCUGGCAAAUUCCAGGUCCGGACAUAGGUCCCGAUAAAUUUCCAGACCACUUCCGUGAUAGGGAUAAGUGUGUGAGGGGUAGACAGGCCGUGAAGCAAAAUGAAACGGGGUUGGAAUAACUAUGUUCCUAGUGCAAAAUGCACCUCAGGAUUUCUUACACGAACUCCAGACUCUGAUGUCGCGCUGAUAGAAUGCAUAAAAGCCUAUUGGAAAGCAUUGAGUCUAUGGAAGGGCCUGCGAUGGUCAGAAACAUGCAACCGCAGCGUCUCCCCUCUCAGCACAACAGGGUCUGGAAUUUCAGUGUCAAAGCCUGAAAUGGUUGCUUCCUUGGGUUCCCUUUACAUUUCUUAAUUUGUAUCCGUUUCUAAAAGUUCCAUCCGACAGAGAAAAACAAGUUUAGGCCUGAAACUUCUCUCUCCAGAACAUCCCUUAGUUUGUCCUUAUGAUCUCUAGUCAGGUAGGGUUUGCUCUCAUCCCUGCUAGUUAUGUUUUACCCGUGUUUCUUUCAUUUGUGUUACAUGAGCGUCAUUGCAACUCGUUUUAUUCUCAUCUUGCUCGAUUUGAUUGUCACAGACGUUCCUUAUCAUCAGCUGUUUCGAAUGUUACCUUCUUGGGGAGAGAUAUUAUGUCACUACAUUAUCAUAGAGUUAUUUGUAUGAUCUCACAGACCUUUGAGUCAUUCAGAACAAUGCUACAUGAAAGCAGUUUAGACAAAUUCAGCAUUGUUGUUAGAACUCUCUGAAUGACCUUGAUUGAUUUUGUCAUCUCAAUGACAAACGCAUUUUUAAUUCCGCCCAUAGUCCAACUAACAGGACUACAAAGCUUAAUAUACAUUCCAGUCGUAGUCUCUCUCUAUAAAAUGCAGUUAAGGGCAGUUAAGUUGAGCGCAAGAGACAUUUCCAUUCCACUGAGUCUGUCCACCACUCAAUGUGGACAGGCGGUGAACAGUACCACGUGUUAUAUUAUUUCAUACUGACGAUUAGAGGACUCUUAUUUCAGUGUCACUGAGCUGAAGUUUGUCCCUCUGACUCUGCGUAGCAAUGCACUGAAGGGUGCCUGCCUCCAAAUCAGUGGCAGGGUGCCUCGAAAUUAAGGCUGUAUCUUUGUGUUUUGUGUUCAUGAGGUGUUUUUUUUUUUUCUUUUAUUUUGUCAAAUGAAUAUGAAUGGUUUUACAGUGCUAUGAAAUAAAAGACUCUAAACUGA